AUGUUUCCAGAAGGCGCACCGCACGAGGCUGUUGGAACUGUCUCGCACGCGACGCAUCAGGGAAGCAGUAUUAUAUUAUACCGCCUCACGCCGCACGCCGGACGCCUCACGCCGCACGCCUCACGCCGCACGCCUCACGCCGCACGCCUCACGCCGCACGCCGCACGCCUCACGCCGCACGCCUCACGCCGCACGCCGCACGCCGCACGCCGCACGCCGCACGCCGCACCGAAGCACAUCGCGCCGUUGAAUAAAAAUAAUUCGAUCAUCACGACCACCGCUACCCGCUACCCGCUACCCGCUACCCGCUACCCGCUACCAUGGGCCACUUGUUGGUUGGAGAGACGAUGUACGCCGCCGCCCCCGUCCCGCCCCCGCCACGCCCCGCCCCCGCCACGCCCCGCCCCCGCCACGCCCCCGCCACGCCCCCGUGCACCUGGAAUCAGUUAUUGCCUAUGA